GGACAAGCGGGAACGGGAAUUGCCCGAGCGUGACUUCGUGCUGUGAUCGGCCCCACGAAUUGCCCGAGCCCUCGAUUCCUUUCCCCUAUUCGCCGGAAGCCGGGAGUCCAGCCAGCAAUGGCGUCGCUGAUUCGGUCGAUCCUCCACUUCUUCGUAGCCACGCUGCAGCUGCCGCCGCCGCCGCAGCAGCUUCCGGCUGUCGCCGACGAUCUGCUGGAGGAGAUCUUCCUCCGGAUCGGCUCCUUUGCCGACCUUGCCCGCGCCUCCACCGCGUGCGCCACCUUCCGCCGUCUCAUCGCGAACCGUUCCUUCCUCCGCCGCUACCGCUCGCUCCACCCGCCUCUCCUCCUCGGCUUCCUCUACGCCGAACCCGCAGAAUUCCAACGGGCUGAGGCUCCCCACCCCAACGCUCCUGCCGCCCACGUUCUCGCCUGCGCCGCCGGCUUCUCCUUCGACUACCUCCCUCUCGGUACAUGGGGCCGCUGGGAUCCCUGCGACGUCCGCGACGGCCGCGUCCUCCUCAAGAGCAUCCCUGCGGGCUAUACAGGGGUCGUCCUCGCGGACCUCGCGGUGUGCGACCCCGUGUCCCAGGAAUACCUGCUGCUGCCUCCCAUACCCGACGACCUACUCGCCUCCGUCCAGGUCCAGGAACAAAAUCUCCAAUGUUUCGAGCCCUUCCUUGUCCCUUCUGGAGACGACGAGGAUGAGACAUCAUUCGAAGUGAUGGGCAGGACGUAUUGCGCAACAAAGACGGUGAUUUUUGUCUUCUCGAGAUGCUCUGAUAGCUGGAUUGUUGGCACAUCUACCAGCUGGGAUGCUCUUAGCUUGAACUUAAUACCAGGAGACCAAGGUGAGACCUAUCAUUAUGCGUAUGGCUGCUUCUUCUGGAGACUGGGACGUGGAAACAAGUUGCUCAAGCUUGCCAUGAACAAGAUGGAGUUCUCCAUUGGUGACCUCCCGCCUGUUCACAAUGAGGGGCGCAUUGUUGUUGCGGAGGCAGGGGAUGGCAGACUUGCGAUGUUUAGUCAGACUUAUCCAGGCGCAUCUGUGUAUUAUUUCACCAGUAUGCAAAAUGAGGGCGAGGGGGCAUAUGAGUGGCAGAUGGAGAGUAUGAUUCCUCUGCCCUCCAAUUAUAAGUGUUCCAUCAAAGGUGCAGCUGAAGGAUACAUUUUCCUAGUAGGCACUUCGAAAGGCCGAGAUACCUUACGUGCAGUGUGUUUCUCACUUGAGAUUAAGACUUUGAAGAUUGAGAGGGUCAGUAGGAUAAGGUACGGAUAUUGUUACUUCUAUCCGUAUUUUGGGUUCCCCCCGUCCAUGUCACCGAGAAGGAUAUGAAGUGGAUCCUAGCAGGAUUUUUUUCUCUUUAGUUUUUCUAAGACAGCAAUGCAGCAAUGGAAUGGUAGCAUAGUUUUAAAGUAUAUCCUAUCCUUAUGACCUUGUUGAAGAAAUGAUUAGUCUGGGUAAUUUCGGGCUGCUAUCCAUUCACUCCCCGCCUGCCAUGCUUAUGCAAGUUUCCCAAACAUUGACUAAAGCAUCAAUAUGCCAAGGAGUAGGGCUGUUUGGCUUAGGUUUAUGGAAUUUCACCCUUUUCAGUGCUUGUUUAUGUAACUGUGAUUGUGGCUAGCCUGCUUGCUUUAUGAAAUCACUAAUUAUCUCAUGAUCCAUAAGCGCUUAUGAGCUGAAUGGUAUUAGUUUGUACCAAACAGCAUUGUGGACUUGCAUAUAUAUGGCUUAUUGACCAUAUUUUCGUAAGCUACUGGCUUAUGAGAUAAGCCUAAACUUAGCUGAAAAGAGCUUUGGUAAAUUGGUUAUAAUGGGCUUAAAGUCUAUUGCUUCGCAGGCAUGUGCCUUGACUCUGAUCUUGUUCAUGUUCCCAGUCUAGCUACUGUCAAUGGUUUACUUUUGUGCGUGCUGUUAGUAAUUUAGUUUUGUGACAUCCAAUCCAUCCUUAGGUGCUGGACUGAGAAUUACUUAUAUAAGGUAAUAGGAAACAGAGGGGUAGCACUUAUUCACAAGGAUUUUUAACAAAGAUAAGUCUUAUAGCUAGUUUAGUCGUGCCAAAGGAAUUGAUAUUUCAUUCCAUUAUCUCAUUUUGUCAUUCUCAUGAUCGUGAAAUAGCUUCAUCUUUGUGUUCAAGCAUAUUAGGAUCAAUUGAAUUACUUUAUAUCUAUGGGAAAAGGGACUGAUUGUCAAUCAACAGCAUUCGGCCAAGGAACUUGAUCCCAGAAAAAAGAUUGGGCACUCAUGCCAAGUCGAUGCUAGCAUGUACUUGUUUUAGUUUUGUGGGGAACUCUUCCCUCCAAAUAAUCUUUGUGGUGGUAGUGUUAGAUAUUUUGAUUUAUAAUUAAUAAAGGUACUGUAUAGUUAAGAACAAGCAUUAUAUCGUUCCUUUUCAACAUGGAUAGAGCUAAAAUGACAAGUAAAUUGGACCAGAGAUUAUAAUACAUAAAGCUAGGGUUGACUGCAAAAGUAAAUCUGUUGGAGCUACAUUGUUUUUUAAAUUUUGUUUUAUUUCAUAACUGCAAACUGAUGAUGUCAAUGUUUAUUCAUACUACAUUAUGCUUACUGUAAUAAUAGGUUACAUGUCUGCGAGCAAAAAUAGUUCU